UACGAUUCUGCAUUUGAGUUGCAAACAUUUCUACAAGUGACACAACAGCGUGCCGAAUUCCAGAGUCAAAUAAAUCGAUUAACUUCUCUCUGUUGGGAUCGCUGCAUCACCGGAUAUCCCCCAUCAAAAAUGGAUGCGAAGCAAACUACUUGUUUUGAAAAUUGCACAGAACGUUACUUUGAUGUUUCUGUUCUUCUGCGUGAUCGUUUUCAGUCAAUGCUAUCAAAAUUACAAAGUCACUAG